UAAAAAAUACAGAAUUUUUUGUGUUCAAACUAUGAAAAAAUCACUUUAUGUUUAGACAAUAGACGUAUGGAUAGCUAUAAGUAACGGAAUAUUUCAAAUCAGUUCCCAGCCUAAUGUCAUAUUGCUCUAUGAUCGUUGAAAGAAAGGUGUCAAAACGAGCAUGCCGUCUUGUCCUUUGUCAUCCCAGCGAAAUGCCUUUUCAAAAGGAUCGUUUGGCAAUCGUUUCAGCACUAAAAAACACUUAAACAGUACACUUCAAAGCAGCCAUGAUCUUGGCAUAAAGUUUGAUCUCCAGUUACUACUUGAACGGCAGUCUUUAAAUGAAACAUGGAACAAACUAGUGAAAAAUGGGAUACUAACAUCUGAUCAGAUUAAUCUGUUGGUUGAAGCUACCAAUAACAAAACAAUAAGAAGUCCAAGUGGAAAUUUCCCUUGUGCAUGCUGUGAUGGGGAAUGUGAGUUAAAAUGUCAAAGCGUGUCCCAAAACUCAAUUGGAUCUUCAUAUAUUGAGAAACCAGUUAUAAAAUUUCUCAAUGCAUGGACAUGGAACAAGGAUGUUGGUUUGGGCGAUGUAAUAGAAUGUAGAAAGAAUCUCGAGAUUCAGUUAGAGGAUCUCUGCAUCAAAUCUUCACAGAGCAGUUUGAAUCUUCAAAAUUUAACGAAACAGCUCACCCUUUUCCGUCGACACAUAGAAGAGGUGAGGAAAGUUCGCCACUCAGAGGAUGCAAGAACUCGGGGGAUUGGAAAUCUGAAUAAAAACGAACUGGAUAAAUCUAAUGUUCAGAGAAAAUGGGUGUAUGAAGAAGUAGGCAGCAUUUCAUCAGAGAAGAGUAAAAAUCCUGUGUCAUCACCUCACACAAUUGUCACCACCUUAACUGAAGUAGGAUCUAAUGCUGCACUUAAUUUUCUAUUUGCAUUUUUCCGUCGCGCAUGGCAAUCAGGCGAAGACGGAGAUGCCUGUUUUGAGUUGCUGAUUCAUGCACUAGAAUCACUUCGCGGUUUACCUCCCGCGUCUAUCUUUCGUCUUCUACAUCAAAAGGAUAAUAGCACAUAUGACCUCUGGUUCAGAUUACUCAACAAAUCUGUCUCAUUUCUGCGUUCCAUAAUUUUCGAAGAAAGUUCGUGUUCCAUUCCUCUACGGGAUCGACAUGUGGCGCUACAACUUCUUUUAGAAGUCAGCAUACAACGUGGAAGCCUCCUCUGUGUUUUACAUGCUAUACACCUUCUGCUCGAAUUAUGGGACGUGGAGGAAAGUGGUCAGGACAACCGUUCAAAUAAUCGAGGUCUUGCGAUUGCUCCCUUAAUUCUGACGCUCCGCCGUUGGAGCGCAGUACAGCAAGAGCAGACGGGGGGUUCCGAAAAAUACAGUGAUGAAGAAUAUGCUACUAGUCCAUCGGCUUGUCUUUUAAGACAGGCAAGCUUGUCGCCUGAAUCCGAAGACGGUGACAAAGAUGUCGACGUUGACCUUUAUCAAGCAGCUGUGCUUAUUUUGGCUCACUUGGAUCAAUUAGCAGCUCCAUUUAUUCAUCCACCACUAUCGGAUCGAACAGUCAUUGAAAACACUUUAAUUCGAUUGGAUUUAAAUGCCUUGACGACGACAGAUCGUUACGCCGAGGUCCACAAACUUUCAAUCACAAUCGAACAAAUGAUCUGCACUGCCCUUGGCCUAUUAAUUCUAUCCAGCGAUGGCAAAGUGUACAUUAUCGGCUACACCGAUCCAGAACCGACUAUCCGAAUUCUCAAAAGUUUUUCCGCUUUUUCGGUUGCGGAAAUUAGUUUUAUGGCCGGCGCUUUUGUCUGUGUUAUCCUAACGCAUGCUGGGCAGGUCUACACAUGGUCUUGGAUGGCAGACAGCGAAGACAUUCCAAUGAUGAUCAUCCCAGAGCAAGAUAUUGUUCGAAUUAGUUGUGCACAUGAAUAUGGCGUUGCCCUGUCUGAGGACGGGGAUAUUUACAUUUGGGGGGCCCAGCCAGGCGGUCAAAUGCAGCAAGCCAUGUUAUUUGGGAAUAUAUGUUCACAAAGGAUUGUGGACGUACACUGCUGCUCCGAUCAUGCCGUUGUUGUCACCGAGGCGGGAAGUGUUCACUGUUUUCAUCUCAGUGAAGCAUUUGGGAGCCAAAAUAGCCACAUUAGUCGUGCUGCCGCUACGCAACAAAGCCCCGUCGAAGCUUUGUUGCAAUAUAACAUACAAAGGGUCUGGCUACUUCCAUUGGACCAGUGCAACCCGUUCAACUGUAACUGUUGCAUAGUGGGAUUAACAGACAAAGGUGUACUGUACGUCUGCCCAGCUCCGUUCAAUCAGCAACGCUGGAUGCAUCAUAUGGGAGCCAUGUCAAUUAAAGGCCUUGAGGGACGAAGAAUUGCACAGGUCGAGACGGCCUACAAGCUUCUACUCAUCCGUACUGAAAAUGGUCAGGUCUUUGGUUGGUUUCCAUCCGGAAAAUUCCCUAAUUCGCCGGCGUCACAUAUGAGCCAGUCGUGGAAUUCCGCCUUUCAAAAUCGUUGGCCAAUCCACGUGACUCCAAUUGCCGAACUAAACUCGUCUUUUCAAGGGAUUUCCACAGAUGGCACCGAGAUUUUUGCCUGGGGUAGCACUUGCAGAAAACCCGUUUCAAUGGAGUAUCUUCCCUAUAUUUUAGAGCCUACCAACGAAACUUUUGAGAUGUUGGAGCUCUUAUUGGACCGUGUCUGUGUCAAUUUGGAUCCGCUAUCCGAUUGGCCACCCCCACAGGAUGUAGAGUGCAUUGCCGUGGCUUCACUGAACAUACUCAAGCUUCAAUUUCAAUGGCUUUUGAGUCAUGGAGAGCAAGCCGAUGGUGGACAUCACGGUUGCUCGUUGGCGGUACUGCAGCGCCUGAAAAAUCACGUCAUUGCUUUGGCAGGUGGCAAUCCAAAUCUCGGAGCCUUACAGGUGACUGCUCAAGGCGUACUUCAACUAGCCUGGAGUUUUCUUCUGCCUACUGCGUCUGAAAGAGCCUUAGCAUUAGCUACGCUUCUACAACGAAAUGAUGAAUACGACAGUUGCGGUGGACGCUUCAUGGCGGAUUUACUGGUGACUUCAAUGAUGGCCGAUGGUGGAUUGGAAGCAGCCUUUGAGGCAUCGCUGCAAGUUGAAGCCAAUGAUCUCGAGAUGAACGGACGGCUUGGCAAUGAUGCGGUAUGGAGAGUUCAAACACAGGUCGGCAGUAAUCCAUUAACUCAACGAGCAAUGGACGAUGCUGCUAACCAAGCCAAACUGCGCUCUCCUGAAGGUGGUUCUCAUACGUUGACAUCCACCAGUGUUCCGCUACCGCAGCUCGUCCGCCAGCUCUUAAAGAAUUUUAGCCAACAAUCGCUUGUCACGUUGAGGAAUAUAGGGUGUUGCAUCGAAGAGCCAUCACCUGUUGCCAACGAUCCCAGUCUUCAGUUGUUGCUGCAAUUUCAAAGGUUGCUGAUGAUUCGGCUCUAUUCUGAGGAGUCCUUCAAUCAUGCAGCCAGUGGUCUAUUGUUUAAGUAUGUGGCUUGGCUGUGUGAAUACGCGACUGAAAAUCUCGAGGCUUGCUCAGUUUUGCUGGGUCAACGGCCCAGCAUUGUGGGUAGCUUGGUUACUGUUCUUCGAAGUAGUGUUGUAGGUAUCCUGUUGGCAGAAUUCGUUAUCGGUCUCAUCCUUUUAGAACAACAGCGUCCCGAACAUCACUUGUAUUUGCCUCUGGACAAACUCAGUUCGAUACUUGUUCUCUUGAAUAAAGUGGCCGGACAGCUACCCGAACAAUUUGUAGAAAAAGAAAUCAUGUCAUGGCCGGGCAUCUUUGCUUGGCCGACAACUGCCAGAGAACCUUCUCAGUCGAGUGACACUCCUCGACAUCGUCCCGCAGUUCCAAAACAGCUUCAAACGCUGCCAGUGAUUCGUCGGGCAGAGUUCGAAAACCAUAAUAAAGAUGGGGGACUGUGGCUCAUCAUCAACGGCAAAAUCUAUGAUAUUCAAGAUUUUAAAACAAUAGCUCCUUGCGGUGCGGACCUUCUCAUUCGAUGGGCUGGUUCUGAUGCGACUGACGCGUUCGCGAGUGCGUGCCAUUCAACAUCGGCCCAGACCUUGCUGCAAAGCUUUUGCGUCGGAACGCUUGAAGAAGAAGAACAAGACGAAGACAAGGAGAAAGACAGUUGCCACGCUUCCGUCCCAUUGGCUAGCGCUGCCGCUAUUGAAAGUUUCAGAGACUUGGCCUUCCAUUUGAGUAUCUUGAUCGGCGCUAAUUGCCGUAAAUUAAUCCGUUCGCUUUCGUUGCAAUCGUCCAUGGAUAACUCUUCUGAAUGGUUAAACGCGGCCUUUUUAAAAGGAGGCUUGCAGGAAGAAUUACCGGCUGAUCCUUUCAACGAAGAGAAAGGGGACGUACGGACUUGUGGAAGUAGUUGCCCUCCGUCCGUUGCAUCAACUCCUGGCGAUGCUCCAUCGAUUCCGCAAGAGACUCUGGAUCCUCCCAAAACAGAAUUCGAACGCUUGCAAUUGUGGUUGUAUCAAUUGGCAGAGAAAUCUUGCGAGAUGGAAGAUAUGCCGUUGCGAUCAUUCCGAUCCGUAGUCGUUCAAAAUCAGUUGCUCGUGGGUCCACCCAAUUUGGAUCAGGAUCAUCCGCUGGAGGAAGUUGGCUGGCUGUUGAUCGCCGUAUUGCUCUAUCAUCACGGUGUGGCCAGUCUGGUUUUUAACAAAGCACAGGCCGAAACGAACGCGCUGCCCGUUGAAAUUAUGGCGCUGUUCAAGGCCGUUCAGCGAUUAAAGUGGCAGCUCUUUCAAGAACGCCAAAAAAUAGACCAAUCACACAAGGAAGUUUGCAGUCCCGUAAUUGAUAAAUGCAGAUUUCUUCUUUAUGAAGUUAAACCAGUCGUGAAAUCGCAAGAGUCAGGAACCCCGACAGGCAAUUCUUCGCGGUUUCGGCAAUUGAUCAAAUCUUACUGGCACUCUAUUGUGGUUUGUGAAGAUUCGGCUACUUCGACAAACACGAGCCGCGAAGUGUUUUCAACCGAAUCCAAUAAAGGAGACGAUUAUCGACUAGAUCCUUCGUUAACCAACGACAUUGUGACGUUUAUUUGCAACAAGGAAAUUACCGACGUAGAAACCGUACGCAGAGCAAUAGGCUGUCAGGUGAGACGAGCCAAUCUUCGUCUGAAUGGCUACCGUACCCUUUUGCGCCUCUUGUACGCCAACAGGCUGAACGACAGCAGCUUAGUUGGUCUGUUCGUCGGUUUCCUCGGAUGUAACGAAGCCGGCCCGAUAUCACCCCUGGAACCUGCUCGUUUCGUUUCCAUCCAGGAUCAAAUGUCCUUAUCUGCCCUUCGCAAAAUGCUCCUUCGUUUCUGUGCGAAACAACUUCAAGCCAUCGUGUGGGAUUGUAGGAGCCAAAGCUUGGACAUCGAGUACCAUCAGAAGAGUAGGAUGGUCGCCUUCCUGCUAUCGAUAGUCAGCUCAGCCGCGUUGUCUGGCGAGGAAGCCGAUGUGCUCGUCGCUCUCGGCAUACCGGCCAUUGUUUUCGCUUUGCGCAAACACUUGGCCUUCCCAUCCCAGAUGCCAGACAUGUCCAACGUCCAAGUUAUUUUGGAUGAAGGAGUCAGCCGUCGCAAAGGAGUGACAUCAACCGGUAAUGACUGUUUGGCAACGCUCGCUUUAAGUGGCGCCGAAGCUGCUGCCAUGAUGAAAAUUGGUGCCCGCGUCGUUAGAGGACCCGACUGGAAAUGGGGAGAUCAAGAUGGCACUCCGCCUGGAGAAGGCCGGGUCAUUGGGGAUCUUGGCGAAGACGGAUGGGUGCGAGUGCAGUGGUACAACGGAGCCACCAACUCGUAUCGGAUGGGCAGGGAAGAUAAAUAUGAUUUGCGAUUGGCCUAUCCCACGACUCCUCAAUGUCCCGCAGCUAAAACGCUGGAUGCGAUUAGCCCCCAACAUGAAACCAAUGAACACCUUCACCAAUGCUUUCCGCAAACAACAAGCCUUUGCGAUACCAAAAAUCCACGACACACAUUACUUACGCUUUGCGACACCUUUUUGCUGUCGCAUUUUCUUCAAAUUGCUACGCGUCCGUCUUCGAAUGAAAACGCAUUGGCAUUGACUGUAAGAACGUGGCGGGCGAGCGUUGAGAAUCGCCACGUGCACAAACAAUUGCAAGACACUCAGUGGACGGAGCUCCCUUUCAUCCGCACCAUCGCGUCCGUUUCGCUAGGCAGCCAGUCUACGAUCCUACACAGAGAAUUUUGUUCGCCGUUGUGGUUGCAAUUGCUUACAAAACUGAUCAAAGCUGGUGGCGGUGAUCCAGCGUGCGAGGAGACCUCGUUUCCACUGACGGCCCAACUUCAAGCCAUCGACUUAUUACGUGUACUACUGCCAGACUGGUCCGGCACUGUUGAACAACAGAAAGAAUUCUUGUGCCAGUUGGUGGACAUUUUAGCUGAACAUGUUUUGCUUUCCAAACCCGAUGUCGUUCUCGAACUGGCCCACGCGGAAAAUCGGCCAGCCCAAGCAGAUUCUGAAGUUACGGUUCCAAAGGUUCCUUUGACGAGCUGUUACAAUGCCACUGUUGCCGAUGCUCUUGUUGGCUUACUUCGCCAUCUGUACGCUUUUCCAAAGUGGACUCACAUGAUAACUCAUUUGCUGCUGCGAACUGGUUUCGGCAAUUAUUACGCGGCUUCUUUAGCGUUCAUUGGUGGCGUGACUAGCAAGCCUAGGAUCGGUGGUGACAUUGUCACUCCUGAUGGCCGCCAGGGUGUUGUCAUGUGCAUUCGGCCCAACGGACAGCUCCACGUGCAACUGCAGACGUCGGGGGACGUUGUGUUUGUGCCCUUAUCGUCUGUCCGUGCGACGCCCAGCUUGAUGGAAAUGCACUCGGUUCCUCUGACGCAAGAAAUCGUUGCAUUCUUCAUACAGUUGUUGACGGCCGCGACAGAGGAAAUGGGGAAAGUCGAGGGUUUCGAUGAGGACUUGCUGCGGGAACAGCUCGUUAAAGCCCUGCAAUUGAAAGCCUCACGAGCUGUUCUAUCACAUCCAAAGUGCUUGCAAUUGGCGUUGAUAAGCCCUCUCUCUGUCGAACUGUCGCAGACAUCGACCGUUGUGCAGAACUCGUCCGUCUUUCCUGUGCCCACACUCGUCACUGCCCGCCUUGCCUCUGCUAGUUUGUCGGGCCCUUAUUCUCUGGGAUCGUCUUUGCCAGCCGUGACGAAUUUCUCCACGUUGGAAUCAACUGGACUUCAUAAAUCGCACUCUCUACCCGAGUUAGACCAGCAACCGCGUUCUUCUAAUAUCGGACAUUCGACAACGGAUCGAUUGUUGCUUCAUCAUUUAUUACAAAAGGCUCGGCUAUCUUGUCCAGUCAAAGCUACGUUAACUAGAAACGAGCUUGAAACAGCCACAGAGGAUUUGCUACAACAUUUGUCCUACCUUGCUCAGACUGGCCAAAUUCCGCAAGAUACUAUUACUGCCCAUCCCAUGGAAGAUUCUUCGACUGUUACGACAGUGGGAGUACUAGGAGAAGGGUCUCCCCUACGAGAUCCACCAUCCGAAGAACAAAAGUUAACCGAAGAUGAGAAACCAAAUAAUGGAGGCCCACCGUCUCCACUCAUGUUACAACUCAUGGAAAUCGGGUUCUCGCGGACUGCGGUCGAAAUGGCCUUCAAAACGUUGGGGAGUGAAAGAGAAUCCAGCAUUGAAGCCGUCAUCAAUUGGUUAUUGGAAAAUCCGGAUUUGUCAAGUUCAGAUAUUAUGGAAUCGGACGGAAGGGAAGCCGCCGCAAUUGAGGCCGCAGCAACAAGCCAGCAACCCAUAUCGACAUAUUUGCGCCAAUCUGACUUUGCCAGUAGCGACGACUACGCCGCUUACGUUCGCGAUCAUAUAGCCAUUGGAAUGCACGUGCGUUGUUGUCGCAGCUAUGAUGAUCUUGGCGAAGGCGACGUCGGUCACGUAGUCCAACUUGACCGUGACGGACUACAUGAUUUGAAUCUUCAGGUUGAAUGGCAGCAAAAGGGAGGUACUUACUGGGUGCGAUACAUACAUGUUGAAAUCCUUGGAUUUGUAAAUCCAACCACAAUUAAAAAUGGACAAAAGCCAAUUAUUAGCGUUGGCGAUAGGGUUCGCGUUAAAGCGCAAGUUGGUACGCCAAAGUACAAGUGGGGAUCCGUGACGCAUCGCAGUGUUGGCGUCGUCAUAGGAGUUGAAAGCAAUGGCGACAUCACAGUCAAUUUCCCCGAGCAAAAUCGGUGGACUGGAUUGCUGGCCGAAAUGGAGCGUGUUGAGCCUUCGGAAUCGAACGUGUCCGCCAACGCCCCGUCUCCUUUACUGGGAUCUUUCGACAGCGCAACCGUAGCCGCUACAUUGCAAGAUCUCGGCGAGACUUCUCUUGCGGUUACUCAUCCGCUCGUCUUGUGUGACGGAUGCGACCUGAUGCCCAUCCGAGGGCCGCGAUUCUCCUGCCGUGUUUGUGAGGAAUUCAAUCUUUGCCAACAGUGUUUCAAUUCUACCAGCACUGGACACCGUCAUCCGUUUAAUAGAAUUGGUCAUCCUGAAGGGGCAGCAAUUUAUGCCGGUCGACCUGGACGUAAAGUGCAGCCAGCACCAACCAUUAAAGAUUUCGUGUGCAAUACGCGAUCGAACGCAGGACUGAUCACCGAUUGGGAAUGCUGCGUCAAAUCUCUGUGGGUCUCAUCACGUGAGAACUGGGCGCACAGGUUACUUGACCGCACUUCCAGCUAUUGGCAAAGUUGCGGAAUGCAGGGCAAGCAUUGGAUUCGAAUGGAAUUGCAUGCGGAUAUCGUUGUCCAUUCACUGAAAGUACUGGUCGAUCCAGCCGAUGGAAGUUAUACACCCUCGCUCCUAAUUGUUUCAGCAUCCGAUUCAUUGAGUGGGAUGAAAGAGGUGGCUGCUGUUUCGGUUGGACUACAGGAUACUUGGGUCAGUCUAAUAUCACCUCAGCAAAUGCAACAACCGUAUCGGUUCAUCGAGGUGGCCAUCAAACAGUGCCGCAACGGUGGUAUAGAUUGUAAAGUCCACGGCAUCCAGUUAGUCGGAAGAAACGUCGGUAAUGCCUUGCCGCUUGACGAUAGCGCAGCCCUAGCUCGUCUACUUCCUCCAGAUUUUGAAUUCGAACAGGUAGUUCAAUAUCAUUAUUACGAUGAUUGGCCAACGCUUUUCGUUAAUGCAAUCGUUCGAUUGCAGGCGGAUUCCGUGUUCAGCAAGAGCCAGCAAUCAGUGAAUCAAUCGCUGAGCUCAUUGAAUAGCGCCAAGCGAGUCUACGUAUGGGGCUUGAACGACAAAGAACAGCUCGGCGGGCCGAAAGGUUCCAAAAUCAAAGUCCCUCAAGCAGUCGAUUGGAUGGUUUCCCUACAACCCAUAAACGUGGCUGGCGGAUCAAAGUCACUGUUCCUCGUCACGCAAAGUGGAAAGGCCUACGCUUGCGGAGAGGGCAGCAACGGACGCCUAGGAUUGGGUCAUUCGAAAAAUGUCAAUACUCCUCACCAGAUAUCUGCUCUUUCACAAUACGUCGUUCGGAAGAUUGCCGUGCAUUCGGGCGGACGCCAUGCGUUAGCUCUCACGGCUGAUGGCAGAGUAUUUUCAUGGGGAGAAGGAGACGAUGGCAAACUCGGCCACGGGGAUGUUACGUCAUUGGACACACCGCGUUGCAUUGAAGCGUUGAAUGGAUUGCGGAUACGAGACGUGGCUGCUGGAAGUAACCACAGUGCAGCCGUCACAUCAUCCGGCGAAUUAUACACUUGGGGUCUCGGAGAAUACGGUCGUUUGGGACAUGGAGAUAACCUCACGCAGCUCACUCCCAAACGCGUGGACGCAUUGCUUGGACAGCGCGUUCUCCAGGUUUCGUGUGGCAGUAGAGAUGCCCAAACUUUGGCGUUAGUCGAAGGUGGACUUGUUUAUUCAUGGGGAGAUGGUGACUUUGGCAAAUUGGGCCGAGGUGGAUCUGAGGGUUGCUCGACUCCAUGUCUGGUGGACAAACUUUCCGGAUUAGGAGUCUGUCAUGUUGAGUGUGGGGCCCAAUUCUCAGUUGCAUUGACCUGCAACGGACACGUUUACACCUGGGGCAAAGGAGAUUAUUUCCGCUUAGGUCAUGGAUCGGAUCAACAUGUUCGAUGGCCUACGUUAGUCGAAGGCCUUAGAGGGAAGAAGGUCAUUGGAGUGUCUGUUGGAGCGUUACAUUGUCUGGCCGUCACAGAUGCUGGACAAGUGUUUGCGUGGGGAGAUAACGACCACGGUCAACAAGGAAAUGGGAGUGUCACCGUAAAUCGACGUCCUACAUUAGUGCAAGGAAUAGAUGGCAUUAAGAUCACUCGAGUGGCGUGUGGAUCAUCUCACAGCGUGGCUUGGACAGCACCGGAACCUCCAAGUGUCGCCCCGCCGGAACCGGUUCCGUUUCCCACUACUAAAGACCCGUUGGGUUCCACCGCAGCUGGGUUGACUGAAGGUUCGACUGAAAUGGGCCGUCAUUCCGUACAGCCGGCCAAAGAAAGUAGCGCAUCGCUAAGCCGUGCUUUGUUAUCACUGAGCAGCGUCGAAGCCCAGCAACGCGCUUUGCAUUGCGUCUUGUAUUCAAUGCAAAUUCAACUGUGUCGCGAUGCUGUUGUAGCGAUUUUCAGCCAAAGAGCGAUGAUAAACGACGACUCGCUAUCGCAGACGGGGCCAGCACAGCCCACGUCGGAUGAAAUUGAUGGAGAAGGGUCAAUGGAACAGUUUGAUGGGAUCAAAUUGAUCAAACACAAGGAAACGGCAGCGUUGUGGGAGCUCUUGAAAUUAUUCAGCUCCAACUGCAAACAUUCAUCGUCUGAGGCACGAACGACCCUGUCAAACGCCCUUCUUGCGGCUGCGGCCAAAGAAUCGUUUGUUCGUGAACUGCUGAUCGAAUUCUGCGUAGCCGAACUGGAAGAGGUGAGCGGAGAAGGUACGGGCAUUCAUCAUUUCAAUGCGGCUGGCUUUGGAGUAGGUUUAGGUUUCCCUCAACCUAUUGUCCAGGAAUCGUCACAUCCCUACACUGAUGACGUCACGUUGACAGGCCACGUGGUAUUGCCUGGUGCGGAAUCAUUGCGAGUUGAAUUUGAUCGACAGUGUUCGACAGAAAAACGUCACGAUCCCCUCACUUUAUCUGAUGGAGUGGGUAGAAUUUUAGCCAUUCGAUCAGGAAGGGACUGGGCCGACUGGUCCCAGGAAGUUCGCGUACAAGGCAAUGAAUUACGAUGGCGGUUUACUAGUGAUGGCUCUGUCAAUGGCUGGGGUUGGAGAUUUAUCGUCUAUCCAGUUAUAUCGCCAGGAGCCGCAGCAAGUGGCGAAGUGCAAAGCGAGCGGCUUUUAUUAGCUCGGCCUUCAGUGUCGGUGGUUGCUUGUCUGCUAGAUCCUUUGAUUAAAUACCUCAGCUGCCAAUCGGAUUCCCGAAAAGGCCGACUACCAACCAGAUUGGCCAUGGCUCUUGCCGGAUGUGCCCAACGAAGCGGCUCUUUAACUCCCAAAGAUCGAAUGUGGGCUCUACAACGUUUGCGUAGAAUACUCUCCACACCGGGAACAUGUGACGCACCCGCGUCCGCGAAUUCUGAAUCAUCAGAGAAUUCUGCUGUUCGAACUUCAGUGUCGUCGACAAUGAUGUCACCAAAAGACAUAAAUCAUGGAACGUUGGGAAAACUGUUGAGAAACCUGCCUGAAAUGUUGUUGCAACAGUACGAGUACGAAGAAGCUGCGGUUCGUGGAGGACAGCAACUGUUGCACAGUCCAUUCUUUCAAGUGUUGAUCGCUCUGGCGUGUGACCUUCGUUUCGAUCGUUUACCUAUUUGCACCAAUGACGGAUCACGCUGGUCUUGGUUCCGACGAUAUUGCGCUGCUGCUAGAGCGGCUACUGGACUGAUGCAAAGGACGCGGCUACCGGAAUCGUUUACGGCUGAUGUGAAAAGGAAAAUUUCUGAAAUCCAAAGUGAUGACACAAACAUAACGGCAGAUCACGAAAACCCGCUUUUAUUUAGCCACGAACACGAUCAACAGUUGUUGCAAUGGAUGAACAGUCACCCGGAAGAUUGGACUCACAGUUGGACAGCCGUUGGCGGUGGACAGAUUUACGGUUGGGGUCACAAUCAUCGUGGACAGCUCGGUGGUGUGGAGGGUGCUAAAGUAAAAGUACCAACGGUUUGCGAAGCGUUGUCAGCCCUUCGUCCCAUCCAAUUAGCUGGUGGAGAGCAAACUCUAUUCGCCGUCACGUCCGACGGCAGAGUCUACGCCACUGGUUAUGGAGCCGGUGGUCGUCUGGGUAUUGGAGGGGCAGAAAGUGUGACCAUGCCCUCACUCUUAGAAUCGUUGCAACACGUCUUCGUGAAGAAAGUUGCCGUUAAUUCGGGAGGAAAACAUUGUCUGGCCCUCUCGUCCGAAGGUGAAGUCUACAGCUGGGGGGAGGGAGAAGAUGGCAAGCUGGGCCAUGGCAACAAGCUUCCUUGCGAUCGACCCCGGAUCAUCGAAUCUCUUCGUGGCAAAGAUGUAGUUGACGUCGCUUGCGGCGGUGCGCACAGCGCGGCCAUCACCGCUUCGGGCGAAUUAUAUACGUGGGGCAAAGGGCGUUAUGGUCGACUCGGCCAUGGAGAUUCAGAUGACCAAUUGAAGCCGAAACUUGUCGAAGCCUUAGUCGGUUAUCGCGUGAAAGAUGUGGCUUGCGGAUCUGGAGAUGCGCAAACUUUGUGCAUCACCGAUGAAGACGGUGGAACUGUAUGGUCAUGGGGAGAUGGCGAUUAUGGAAAGCUGGGUCGAGGUGGAUCGGAUGGCUGCAAAAUUCCCACGAAAAUUGAAAGUCUAUCGGGUCUGUCCGUUAUUAAAGUAGAAUGCGGAAGCCAAUUUUCAGUGGCCCUUAGCAGCAAUGGAUCAGUUUACACUUGGGGUAAAGGCGACUAUCAUCGACUUGGACAUGGUGUCGACGAACACGUACGACGACCCAAAAAAGUGAUGGCCCUUCAGGGAAAGAAAGUGGUUUCCAUCUCCACUGGGGCGUUACACUGCGUCGUCUGCACCGACCAAGGCGAGGUCUACACAUGGGGAGACAACGAUGAAGGUCAGCUAGGGGACGGAACCACUACCGGCAUUCAAAAGCCUCGUCUUGUGGCAGCGUUGCAGAACAAGAAAAUUAACCGUGUCAGUUGCGGUUCUGCGCACACGGUGGCGUGGAGUACUUGCAAAGGAUGCACGACGCCAGUGGCCGGAAGUAGCCGACUUCCAACCAGCAUACCUUUGCAAUAUGAUUUAUUGAAGGAUAUCCCCAUACCUGUUCUUCGUAACCGACUGCUGUUGCUACAUCACUUUGCCGAAGUCGUGUGCCCAAUAUUGCCCAUGUUGCCCCUUGUCUCAGUGCACUCCAGGGAAAUGGAUGGCAGUGUGAUGGAAGAAACUGAAGGCGUCCUUUGUGGAAAUCAUGACCGACUUAGAGGAAUUCUUAUGGCCUCGGCGAAAGAAACAGCUUUUCGCAAGGUUGUGCAGGCAACGAUGAUUAGAGAUCGCCAACACGGUCCAGUGGUAGAACUCAAUCGUAUAGCGCUUCGACGUUCCCGAGCUACUGGAACAUCAGGAAACGCGGGUCCCAAUUCCACCGUCUUCGCUCAGAUGGCAAACAAACUGUCUUUAUUGUCUUACGAUGUUCUUAUGUUGCCUCACAGAACGUGGAAAGUCAAAUUUGUCGGAGAAAGCGUCGAUGAUUGCGGAGGCGGUUACAGUGAAAGCAUAGCCGAGAUGUGCGAGGAAUUACAAAAUGGCAGCCUGCCGCUACUGAUCCUCACCCCGAAUGGCCGGGAAGAAGCAGGAACCAACAGGGAUUGCUUCAUCUUGAACCCAAGCGCCAAUUCAGCGCAAAACUUGAAAAUGUUUCAGUUCUUGGGAGUGCUGAUGGGAAUCGCCAUACGCACUGGAUCGCCAUUGAGUCUCAAUUUAGCCGAACCCACCUGGAAAGCUCUGGUUGGUUUGCCUCUGAGUUUAAUUGAUCUGAAUGAAAUUGAUCGGCAUUAUUGGCCGGCGUUAUGCCACAUCCGCGACUGUAAAGACGCAGACGGUGACCUCACGCUUAGCCAAUUGGAUUUGCCAUUUUCGACGAGUUCAGCCGCCGGCCACGACGUCGCGCUUUCGCCGCACGCGCAUCGACGUAUCACGCGCGACAAUCGGGAUCUCUAUCUCAAGUUGGCUCUGCAUUUUCGGCUGCACGAAUUCGACGGCCAAGUACGCGCCGUCCGCCAAGGGCUAGGUCAAGUGGUACCGUUACCACUACUCUCCUUAUUCACGGGAUCAGAAUUGGAAGCAAUGGUCUGUGGAUCACCCGAAAUCCCGCUGGCUCUUCUCAAAUCGGUGACUACGUAUAAAGGAAUCGAACCUCAUUGUGCCCUUGUCCGAUGGUUUUGGGAGGUCAUGGAAGAGUACAGCCAUGUAGAGCGAUCCCUUUUCCUCCGUUUCGUCUGGGGCAGAACGCGUCUACCGCGAACGUUAGCUGAUUUUAGAGGCCGCGAUUUUGUUCUUCAGGUUCUUGAUAAGUAUAAUCCAGCCGAUUAUUUCCUACCGGAAAGCUACACGUGCUUCUUCCUGCUGAAGAUGCCACGCUACUCUUGUAAAGCUGUGCUCCGAGAGAAGCUGAGUUAUGCAAUUCAUUUUUGUAAAUCCAUUGACAAUGACGAGUAUGCUCGUGUGGCGGCUCCCGAGGUUCUGCACAACCCACCUGCGCACGAGGAAGACGCGGAAAAUGAAGCAGAAAGCUAAGUCUUUUUAUUAAUCGUCCACGAAAAAUAUUUUCCUUGUUAUUUAGGUUUUUAAAAAAAUGUUCAGUUUGUUUUCUCUUUCUAUCGCAUGUGUUUAAUGUCACGUACGAAAUACAAACAAACCCCAAAAAAAAAAAGCUACAA